AUGGAGCAGGAAAACGAACGCUUGUCCCUCAACACUUUGGCUCGUAUUUUGACCCUAUAUUUCAAUUCUGAAAAGGGUACAAAAAUUACACCAAGUGCUUUGGAACUCAUAACACAAUAUAUUAGAAUUUAUACGAAAGAAGCUGUUUGCCGUGCGUACGAGGAAAAAAAGCGUUCUUCGAUUACUAUGAGUGAUGAAGAUGAUAUAAUUCUCGAAAUGGAGGAUUUGGAAAAUGGAAUCGCUGCUCAACUGGCUUUGGAUUUUAGUUGA